UAAAAAUAAAAAUAAUAAUAAAAAGAGGAAAUCUUUAUUUAUUUGACUUCUACAAAAAUAACCGAACAUAAUGACAGCAAUUAAACACACACUUCAGCGGGAGGUAUUUCUUCCCGCUGAAGAAAGACUUGUUGGCCUAGUUCAUGUUGCAAAAGCAGGAAAGAAGAAAAAGAGUAGUUUCUUGUGUGCAGCAGUGACUGUUGAUAGCCCUGUUCAAGCUCAUAUCUACCAACUGAAGAAAGCAGACAAGGGCGAAUCAUAUAAGAAAAAGUUGUCCUGGUUUCUUAGAGAACUGAAAGUGGUCGAUGGCAAAGAUGUCAAUAAAUUUUCAGAAAUUGCAGAAUUUGACCUCCAUUUUGAGAAAGUUUACAAAUGGGUGGCCAGUAGCAUGACUGAGAAGUCCAGUUUUAUAUCCUGCCUUUGGAGGCUAAGUCAAAGAUACCACGUGCAGAAAGCUGACUUCCUGAAUAUUCCAAAGACAUUGUUGGAAGAAGUAUCUCGUCCAUCAGGACAGAGUCAGAUAGCUGCUGGUACUGAUGACAUUGCUAUGGUUGAUGAAGACUACCAAGCUCUCUCUAGUAAAGAAGAAGCUGAUCUUGAGCUCCUCAUGUCUGAGUGCCAAAUGGCUAUCAGUAAUGCAGAAGCCUUUUCUGAGCAGCUCUCCAAGCAGCUGUCCAUGCUGGAUGGUAAUGUAAAAGACCAGAUGGAAGUAAUGAAGGACAAAGACAUACUCAUCACAUUGAGGAACAAAAACUAUGAGAAGCUUUUACAUGAACUGGACACUUUGGUUAGCACGUUGGACCUUGACAUCAAACAUACGAGAGCCCUUAUGGACGGAGAUCUGCUAACACCCACUGGAAUAUAUGAGUGCACAGCAGCCGCAGAAGCUCUUCAAAAGUGUGUACAUGCAAAUAUACAUCCAGUUAAAAGUUAUGGGAUAUCUGCACUUAAACGCAUACAAAACGAUGAAACAAUGAUAAUUAAACAAGCAGAUGAAGGGGGUGCAAUUGUCAUCAUGGAUGUGGAAUACUACAAGGAUUUAGUUGAGGAACAACUAAAUGACACAACCUUCUAUUGUGAAAUACCCUCGAACAUAGACCACCACAUCAUGAAGAAGAUCAACCACCUAGUUUCUAAACACUACAACUCACUCACUGACAAUGAAAGAGACUACAUCACCAACUUCGAACCAAAACCCAAUUUUUUUUUAUCAGUCUUUUUGAUAUUUAUAACUAUUCUUUUGAUCGUCUUGCAGGGGAAUGAGAUGGGAGAGACUCUCAGCCGUUUUGCCAAUGAACUGAAACUUCCUCAGCAUCAUUCCAGCCACCGAGACUUGACCCCAUAUGCUGACCUGAUGCUCUGGCUCAAGAAUGCGAAUUUCAAUAGUUUUGUGAAACUCUCUAAGGUAUACACAGAAUCAUUGAGCAAGCUUUAUAACAAAGAGAUUCAAGAUUUUCUAGAAUGUGCGAAGCAAAGACUUGUUGGAAAAGGAGAGAAAGGCAAACUGAAUCAGAAAACGUCUUCAUCAUCCAGUUUGACCAAAAUGGCUGAUAGAGGGCGUUCCUCCUCAAUCCAAAGUGUUGAUUCUGUAACAUUUUCCAAGGAUGGAUCAGAUUUAGAUCUCAGUUCUAGGCAAUUGUUUGAUCAGAUUUUGGAUAAAGUAUUAUCAGAACUGGAACCAGUAUGUUUGGCUGAGCAGCACUUCACAGUUCGAUUUUUCCAUCUGGCUGAUAAUUGUACAUUGGAACAGAAAACCAGCUCAGAAGACGAAUCAGACCCUGGAGCUGUGAAAAAAACCAACGAGGAUUACUUUGUGGAAAAUUUAGGGGAAGGAUUAUAUCAAAAACGGUCAACGGUGCAAGUACGGCAGAUCAAUGAAGAAAUGCGACGUAUGAUGACUGAUUUAUUCCCAAGCUUGGAAACUGAAUUGGAAAAUUUCAUUACAUUUGCGGACAAACUUGAUGGAUGCAACUCCAUGUAUAUGUUGGUGCGUAUGAGCCAACAUGUGAUUAACACGCAGGAUGCUGGUUCCUUCUUAAGCAUGACAUUUGCUAAUUGCCUUGUCAAGACCAAACGUAACUUUGAUCGUUUCAUUCAAAACAAGAUCACUGCCAUCAAAGAAAGCAAGAUCUCCAAGAAAAACAAGUGUGGCAUCAUCAAUUUUGUUUCUGAUUUUGAUGAAUUUGCAAAACAAGCUGAGAUAAUAUUCAAAGGUUCUGACAGACGUGCCGAUUUGGAAAAAGCCUAUUGUAAAUUAGUUCAUACAAUAUCUGAUGAAAUAGUACGUGUUGCCAAGGAACAUCAAAAGACGCCUGAACAUGUCAUAUACAUGGAAAAUUACCACCGAAUGAAUUCCAUUUUGUCGCGGCUUAAAAUAUCUUGCUUGGAAAGUGAAAAGAAAGACUUCAAACAAAAAUAUCUGGAGAGUCUACACAAGUAUACAACAUCACUGCUUGGCCGACCACUAGAGAAGAUUCACAUAUUUUUCGAAGGGGUUGAAAGUAGAGUUGCUGCUGGUGUGAAAAUGGAGGAGGUCGGUUACCAGCUGGCCUUCAGCAAACAAGAACUAAGAAAAGUCAUUAAGGAAUACCCUGGCAAAGAGGUGAAGAAAGGUCUGGAACAUUUAUAUCGCAAAGUUGAGAAACAUUUGUGUGAAGAAGAGAAUCUCUUUGAGGUGGUUUGGCAUACAAUGCAAGAUGAAUUCAUUCGAGCAUACAAGCAUUACGAAAACUUGAUAAAUAACUGUUACCCUGACUCUUUGAUAUCGCUUGAGUUCAGCAUGGCUGAUGUGCUCGAGUACUUUUCUAAUAUUGCUCGAUUACAUUGAUGCUCUUUAGUCAUUUCCAUAGCAAAAAAACAGAUCUAAAAAAAGAAAACUAACAAAAAAAAAACAUCUUCCCACCUUGAAAAACAAAUAACUAUAUAUAAUAAAAAUGUAUUUAUAUAUGAUUAUGGAAAAAAGAUAAAUAGUUGUAAAAUGAUACAUCAUGUUGAAGUUGGUGGUAAGUGGCUGAGAUAAAAUGUGUUUAUUGUCUCACAAAUUGUCUAUAAUGUAAUGUAAUAUAUAUUCAGCAUAUUUAUUCUGAUUUAGAAAACUGCAGUAUACAUAUAUAUAU